CCCCACCCAGCUCCGCCUCCUGAAAGACUCGCUAAUCGCUCGCCGUGCUCUCGGGGCGCACCUCUGUGUGUGGGGGUCGGGGGGCAGCGCAGCCCCCUCGCCCGGCCGGGCAGCACCGGGCUGCAGCCAGAAGGUUUUUUAAACUGAAAUAUCUGUGUAUUGAGUCACUUGCUGAGAGAGACAGCCCUCUGUUUCAGUGAUGAAUGAGUUUCAGAAGAGCUGCAAUUCUUUGGAAUUUGGAAGACUCCCUCUCUGUCCAUUUACACCUGGCAUAGCUUUCAGAGCAAGAAGGAGCAAUUCAGUUUAAUUUUUUUUGGAGAAGAAGUUAGAAGUAUCUCAAGAAAAUGACUCUAAUGAUUUUUUUCGUAAUGUUGAUCAUGGAAUCUGCCACUGAGAAGCUGUGCCCCCUUCGUGCCUCCAUUGAUGUUCUAGAAGGGGAAUAUUUUUUCCUUUGUUAUCUUGAGUCAAGGCAAGAACAUUUUCAGGAAGAAGCAUACACAAUAAACUGGUACAAAGAAAGUGCUGGAAAGCAACAACUGAUAAAGGAAACACACAGAAUUGUUUCACAAAUGAAUUUUCUGGAGUUUUGGCCAGCUGAACUCAGUGACUCUGGGAUUUACUCUGUCAUUCACAGCAAUGGAAAACAAAAUGUCACAAUUCAAAAGUGGACCUUGAAUGUACUUGAAAGAAAUAAAAGCAGCUGUUUCAAUGAAAAUCAUUUAACUACAGAAAUUAAAAGUGCUGGAAUUGGUCAUUCAUUGAAAUGCAGUGAUUUGUCUGUGUAUGAAAAUGACAGCAUAACAUGGUACAAGGACUGUAAGAAUUAUGAGCAUGAAACAGAGAGGGAACUAAAUUUUAGAGCCUUAACAGUACAGAACUCUGGGAUAUAUACCUGUAAAAUUGUAAUCAGUCAUGAAGGAACGAUAUACCACAGCACAAAUACAAUUAAACUUGUAAUAGAAGAAGAUGCACCAGAGGCUUUCUCUUUGGAGAUAGUUGGACAUCAUGAAGAAAUUGAAACAAAAAUAGGUAAAGAAGAGAUACUCAAUUGCACAGGUUUCCUGGGUUAUUAUAUGCGAGAAGAUGCCAGCCUCUACUGGUUAAUUAACCAAACAUUUCCAGAACAAUGCACAGAUAUCCCUGAGAAUGAACCAUCAAUAUGUGAAGAAGAACUCAAAAAACUACAGUUGGGAAACAAGUUCUAUAUCACAAGGCUACUACGGAUUAAAAAAGUAAGAGAUGAGGACAUGCAUCAUAAUUUCACCUGCAUGUUGCAAGCUGAUGAGAGCACACGGAUGAAAAUAGUAAAACUGAAGAAAGGGAAGACUCAAGACCUGCCUGUGCACAUAUUUACCACUGGAAUGGUCCUUGCUCUGCUAUUUCCAUUUGUUGCUGUAGCUGUGGUGUUUGUGUUUGUGAUGUUUAGGGUCGACUUGGUUCUGUUUUACAGAAGUAUAUGCAGGAGAGAUGAAACUGCUGGAGAUGGAAAAGAAUAUGAUGCAUUUGUGUCUUAUCUGAAAGACUGUGUUUCUCCUGUUGAAGAAGAGAGGGAAUUUGCUUUGAAGAUAUUGCCCAUGAUAUUAGAAGAAAACUUUGGAUACAAGUUAUGUAUAUUUGAGAGGGAUGUAUUUGCUGGAGGAGCAUUUGUUGAUGAUAUCCAUUCAUUCAUUGAUAAAAGCAGAAGAUUAAUCAUUAUUCUGAGCCAGAACUACGUUUCUGACAGAGCCAUAUAUGAACUUGAGAGUGGACUGCAUAAAGCUCUAGUUGAAAGAAAAACUAAGAUCAUAUUAAUUGAAUAUAUGCCUAUAAGUGACUACAAUUUCUUGCCAGAAUCACUGUCACUUUUGCCAUCAAAGAGGGUGGUGAAGUGGAAAAAAGAUAAAUCUCUUCCCGUGAAUUCCAGAUUUUGGAAGAACCUUCGGUACCUGAUGCCAGCAAAGCCUAUCAAGAUAAAGACCAGAGGGCACUACAAUAAUCUUGGCUUAGGCUCAGAAGCUGCUCAACCCAGAACUGAGGGCUGUGACUUUAAUGCAAUCAUAUGACAAUUCUGGAGACAGAAGAUGUAGCAGAAAACUGAAUGUUUUGCUAACUCAUAGAACUAAAUUAACUAUUAUCUUGGGAAAUAGUGUUGAUUAGAAGGCCAACUCUGAGAUCUGAGAAGAAUGCAGAAGUGCCUGCAGUGGCCAGGAUGAUGUUAACCCCAAUUACUAAAUCCUAUCCCAGAGAAGGUUUCCUCAGCUGCUGCACAAGCAGGAGAAGUUUCAUUCUGCUUAGGACUUACCACAUGGCAUGAAAAACAAU